AACAUAUGAAAAAUCUCAAACUCAAAGGCUCAUCUCAAAACCUCAAAAAAUACCAAUAUUUCCAGAAACAAAAACAAUAAUGGCGUCGUACAAGAAAUACGAGAAGAGAAAGAGAAACCCAGACCCCAAAACCUCAGCGCUCUUGGUCAUUGACGUGCAGAACUACUUUUCCUCCAUGGCCCACCCAAUCCUCCCCAACCUGCUCCAAACCAUUCAGCUCUGCCGACGCGCCUCCAUCCCCGUCAUCUUCACGCGCCACUCCCACACUGACAGCGACGGCGGCAUGCUUGCGGAGUGGUGGAACGGCGACCUCAUCAUGGACGGGACAGCGGAGGCGGAGCUCAUGCCGGAGCUGGAGAAGCUGCCGGAGGACAUGGUGGUGCGGAAGAACACGUACAGCGCGUUCGGGAACACGCGCCUAGAGGAGCAGCUGCGCGAGAUGGGUGUGGAGGAGGUGAUCGUCACGGGUGUCAUGACUAACCUCUGCUGCGAGACGACGGCGCGUGAGGCUUUCGUCAGGGGGUUUAGGGUCUUCUUCUCCACCGACGCGACUGCCACGUCGGAUUUGGAGCUGCACGAGGCCACGCUCAAGAACUUGGCAUAUGGCUUCGCUUACUUUGUUAAUUGCAAGAGGCUUCGAGAGGGCCUCUUUGGGAAUCAAUGAAAGAAGAUUGAGGUACAUCAACGAGUGCAUAUGUAGUGUUUGUGAAAAUGUCUGAAUAAGUUUUUGUUUUCUAUUGUAUGUAUUUUUGUUCUUUGUUAGAUAGCCUUUGUAUAGUUGUGAAAAGAUGAAAGAAAAUAAUUUAAGGCUUCGAUCUUCUAGAUUA